AUGGCUGAAGUGAUUCGGGGCGUUGUUAAGUCUCUCGGAGACAGGAGCUUGAAGAAUCGACGUACCCAUAUGUUAUUAUUCUCUCCAGCUGCACAUAUCUUGCACGACGUGUCCAGGUCUUAUCCAGAUUUACCUGUUCAUCAGAUCAAUCCUGCAGCUGUACCGUAUCGACGCAUUCCCAACAUCGGCGACGCGGGUUGUAAUGGGUGCUGUAAGAACGUUUUUAUCAGCAACUGGAGCCACUUCCAGUCUCUUCCUGGUCGCCUCAAAUGCAUCCUCAAGCAUGCGCGGUCGGUGAAACCAGUGGGAGAGAUCACCAAAGUCUGUAUUGAUAUUCGAGCAAAAGAUGGCUGCGAAGUCAUCCAAUGCUUGGGAGCCAAAGACAUCGCGAGUCUACGUCUCGGCCAAGUCCAUACGAUGUUUGCAAACAUCCGUACAACACGAUCCGCCACCAAAGCAAUUGAUCUCUCUUCUGAGAAUCCAGUCUUCAACUCGUCGCUUGACGUGAAAGAUCUGAGGAUGCAGCUGCAGAAUGCAGCAACUGUAGGUGCUGUGAAAGCGCACCUUCUUGACGUUCAAGUAUACUAUCAGAACACACUGCACGAGACGGAUUGUUGGAACUACACUGAAACCCCCUUCCUCGCUGUCCGUGAUCUGGGUGGCCUUGCUCCUCCGAUCAACACUGCUGUCGAAGUACACAGACGCCAAAUAUUCCAGAAGUUUACUCAGCUCGACGUGGAUACUGCCGAAGUUGAGGCCGAGGCAUUGCUCUCCACACUUACUGAGGACCAAGGCUCAUUGCGGAAGCUCGUUCAGCGUAUCGCCAAGGAAGUCGAUCGCUACCAACGUGUGCUCGACUACGAACGAGAGCAUCGUCAGAAGCUGCCACUAUGCCCAGGCCCGAUCGAUAUGGAAGCCUCACCUCAUGAAUGGCUCAUGGAUGUGUGGAACAGGAAGAAGACCAAGCGUCAGGGUGUUGUCGUGGUCGAGGAGAAGCAAGAGAUCAGUGGUCUGAUUGACGGCUUGUAUGGUCUGGAACGGCUGGGCUGA